CUGAUCAGGAGUCCUACAGUACACAUAUACACCUGAUCAGGAGUCCUACAGUACACAAAUAAACCUGAUCAGGAAUCCUACACAGUACACAUAUUCACAUAGUGAUCAUAUAGAACUGAGGAUCUGUAUAUUCUAUCAUGCCCAGCAAAGAGCAGAAGAAAUGUUUCCUUUGUCCUUUACUAGGAGUUGCAAAGUGUUCUAACUGCGAGGUUUAUUAUUGUACUGCAGAGCAUGCUGCUCUUCAUAGUGAUGGAUCGUACUGUUUCCCAUACAAGGUACAUAAAGUUGGAUACAUCAAGGAGAAAGGCCGGGUUCUCUACGCUACACGAGACAUAAAACCUUUAGAACUUAUCCUAGUUGAUCCAGGAACCGUAGUUGGUCCUAACUAUAGAAGCACAUGUGUAUGUAUCACAUGCUUAAAAGGUUUAGAUUCGAUCACCCUAUGUACUGGUUGUUCCUACCCCGUGUGUGAUGAAAAGUGUAUGAGGGAAGAAAGACAUAUGAAAGAGUGUUGUUUACUGGCUAAAAGUUCUGCAAAUGCGAAACAAAUCACUAAAUCUGGAAUUUCAGAAGGAUACGCUCCUGUAACUAUUCUAAGAGUAUUACUCCUAGCAGAAUCUUUAAGUGAAAGUUGGACAAGAACAAAUGAAUUAAUGGAUCAUUUAACAGAGAAAACCGUUCAUCCACUAGAAUGGGAUUGGUAUGAAAAUAGUAUUAUUAGGUAUAUAAGAGAAGAUCUAGCUCUAGCUAAACGAUUCUCUGUGAAAGAUAUUGAAAGAUCUAUUGGAUUGUUAAAUGUGAACGCCGUGUGUCUACAGUUUUCUAAAGCCCGUGGAAUCCCUGCUAAAGAAGUGGGCAAGGGACUGUACCCUAUAUUUGCAAUAAUGUCCCAUGAAUGUAUUUGCAAUGCACGGUACAUAGUUGAUCCCAAAACCUUUAAAAUGUAUGUACGAGCAAGAGUAUCAAUCAAGGCAGGAACUGAGCUCACAGUCCAAUAUUUGUCAGCACUUUGGGGAACCUUUAAACGAAGAAAAAAGAUAAAAGAAGAAUGGUAUUUCGACUGCACCUGCAGAAGGUGUUCAGAUCCCACCGAAUGUGGAACAUACUCCAGCGGUGUUCAGUGCUUAGAUUGUAAUACUGGUAUCUUGCUACCAGAAGAUCCUCUUGACUAUUCCUCGCCCUGGGCCUGUAAUAGGUGUAGUCUAGCCAUUAGUUCAUCAAGGAUUCAAACCUUAGUGGAGGAUAUAGAAUCUGAGGUUGAUAGUAUCCUUACUACUCAACAGUACUGGAGAUAUAAAGAAAUAUUAUUGAAAUAUUCCGGCACAAUUUUGCAUCCUGCACAUUGGAUUCUAACCACAGCUAGACGAAACCUUAUUCAAUAUCUUUGCUACAGCAAUACCGAAGAUGUUCUUCAUAUUCUCAAUGUGGAAGAACGGUUUAAGCUUUGUGAAGAUUUCUUGAAUGUAUUGAAGAAGGUUGAUCCAGGUUGGAGUGAGCUGAAUAUGUUUAUCCUACGAGAAUAUCAUUUUGCCAAGCUGAACAUACUAGAGCGUUAUUAUGCUUCAGGGGUUAUCAACAUUGCGGAGUUCUCAGUCAAGUCCAGGAACAGUAUUGAAGCAUUAGACAAAGUUAAGAAGCAAAAUGAAUAUCUAGAAUUUGACACUUGACUUUUCCAUCAAUAUUUGUUUUGUUAUUCUGUUGUAUAUCAUCAAAAAAAUCAAUAUUUGACAAAAACUUUUUUUAUAUUGCAGUUGGAACCAGAAAAUAGUACAAAGGUCAUCUUCUUCCUUUUUUCUUUUAAUUACAAAUAAAUGUUACUGAAAUUGGAAUUUUUUCUCUAAAAAUAUAACCAGAGCCAAGAACUUUUGUGUUGGAUACUUAUAAUCCCUAUCAAUUUAUUGCGAUAUCUUUUGUGGGCACUUUUAAUUUGAGGAUCUAUAAAAACUAUGCCUAUAACUUCAUUUUAAUAUUCCUCCCCGGCCUUAAUCAAAGAUCCCUUCAACCCCUGAUUGUGUACGAUUACCAUGCGCGAUAUCGAAUAAAGAUUAAAUUAAUCUGUAGAAUAACAAACGUUCGAGAUCAAGCAUUGUUU